GGCUUCUCUAAACCGAAAGAACACGAAGCAUACAAAAAUCGUUUCUCUCAUCUCAUCAUCACCAUCACCAUCACCGAUUCUAAACACCAUCAGACACACGCUUUGAUUCAAGCAAUCCCAAAUUCACAAUACCCUAAAUCCUCUUCUUUCCCCUAAUUGCAACCCUAAGUCUCAGUGAUCAUGAAUGAUUGGAGAAGAAAGGAUGAUCAGUGUAAUCAACAAGUCGCAAGAACCAAGUCUAAUAAUUAUCACAGAAAGCCACCCUUUGGUGGGAGUCCAAAAUGGCAACAGAACCUUCCCUCAUGGGAGAAAAGAUUUGUGACUUCAGUGGGAUCAUUAUCAUGGAAGAAGUUCUUGGAAGCAAAGGAAUUCACCCAUCUCUAUGACAAUAUAUUGAAAUGGGAUGAUUCUGCAGGAGAAGAAGCGUUUCGCAAUGCAAAAGAUAGAUUCUAUGCAAAAAUUCACGGUCUUCCCUGUGACAUUCAACUUCCCAAGCCAGAUUCAUUCAUUGAUGAAGUGGAUUGGAAUUCUGAAAUAGAUCAGGAUCUCAUACUGGAACUGGAGUCCGAUUCAGUGGCUCCUGAUUCCGAUUGUAAGCAUGAACCAGUUGUGAUCUUUGGGGACGCCAUCCCGGACCCCUAUCAACAUUACUCGCCUUAUGGAUGGGGAGAUGCCGAUGAUAAGAUGAAGAAAACUGAGAAUGGUGAAAACGAUGGGAUAAAUUGGGAUGAUUAUGUGAAUAAAUGGGAUGAUUGGGAUGUUGGACCUGGGAAUCAUUGGUGGGGUUGGAACGAAAAUGAUGAUAAUAAUAAUAAUAAAGCGGAAGGAGAUCAAGGCUGGAAUGAUCAAAAGAAUAACCAUCAUUCGCAUGUGAAUAAUGAGAGGUGUAUAUCAAGCCAUAAAACAUGCAGGUAUCAUGGAGAUAAAAAUCGUUUUUCGAGGAAUAACGGGAAUCGGAGGAAAUCAAGUAGUCAAGGCCAUGGAAAUCAACGAAUGCAAGUUUCAACGAUUCAAGGCCAUGGAAAUCAACGUAUUCAUGUGCACCCCUGAGUCACAAAAGUUAGAGACGGGUUGUGCUUAAAAAACCCCCGUUUUCUUGAAUUUAAACAACGUUUACAUCUUUUUGCGGUUAGUUUUGUGAAUAAAGCAAAUCCCUUUUGGGGAGAUUUUGGGUAAUGUUUAAAAUGAAUUUGGGAGAGUUUACAGUGUCAGUAGAAGUUCUUUGUGUUUUCUCUGUAGAUGCUUACCUUUAUAGUGUACUGUUCUUCAAUGUUCAGUGACAAUUUUUCAUACUGGCUAUAAU